CUUCAGGAUAACGCCAUUUUCUAAUUGUUCUUUAGUGGAUAAAAACAGUAUGACUUAGUGCUCUCAUCUUGCCUUAUUUUACAUAGGUUUGGAUAGUUCUACUUACAAAAGCAAGAUGAGUAAGCGGAUGAACUUUUUGCGCUCGAUCAUCGAUGCCUCAUCAAGCAGUUCGGUUGAUGGAUCGAACGAUAACUCAGCGAAUCGCGAUAGUGGAUAUAGAACGGGGCAAUCGUCCCUGGAAGAUCAGCAUACCCCGCAGCUACCAGCAGUUGGCUUAGGACGCGGCCGUGCCCUUGCACUUGCCGCUCUUCUGGAACCACCGAAACCCACCGAUGGAAGUUUGCCUUUGGUUUCAGCCAUGCCAAAUUUGGCCAUCGGAGGCCGUGGACGAUUUUUACAGAAGCUGUUGAACAAAAAGCUACCGUCUGAUGAACCGGGUCUAAGCAAAACUUCGGAAUCCGGUGGAGUUUCAUGUAGUUCGUCUGAGGUAGGUUCGGGUGCUAUGCAGGAAACAUUGAAUAAGUUCGCUCGAGCAGCACCCCUGCAAGUCUCAGAGAAGGUGGACACGUUUGUACUGCGCGAAGAGCAAGAGCCAAAAGAGUAUGUCAGGCGUACCGGAACGAGUGGGACACAAGUGCAAAUUAUGACCAACUUUAUGGAGCUGAAAUGUGAAGAAAAUCGAGGAGUGUUUCUUUACACGGUCGAUUUUGAACCGAACAUUGACUCGAAACGGGCGCGUCAACAAUGUGUGGACAGUCAUCGAAAUAUCUUCGGCAAGGCGUACACAUUCGACGGACGUAUACUGUUGCUUCCGAAGGCACUGCCUCAGGAGAAAACAGUAAUGACGACAAAAACUCCAACGGAUGAAACGCCUGUGAAGAUGAUGGUGAUAUUCCGAGUGAAGCAAAAAAUGCACCAAAACGUAAUGAUAUAUAACAAAAUAUUCCGGCGCAUCAUGCACAUUCUGCAGCUGUCCGAAAUGGGACGCAAGCACUAUGAUCCCACGCAGUCACGCAUCGUCCCUCAACACAAACUGGAAAUUUGGCCGGGAUUCGUAACGGCGGUAGACGAGUACGACGGAGGCUUGAUGUUAAAUCUCGACGUCACGCAUCGUGUUUUGAUGCAAACGACGGUGUACACACACAUCAAAACAAUCGCACAGUGCCGAGACGCACAGUUUCAGGACAACGUGUUGAAGUCACUGCUCGGAUCGGUCGUUCUAACGCGUUACAAUAAGAAAACGUACCGAAUCGAUGACAUUUUGUUUGAUUUGAACCCACUGUGCACUUUCCGUUAUGGUGAUUGCGACAUCACGUAUGUUGAGUACUAUAAAAAACAAUAUGGAAUUGAGAUCAAAGACCAUCAGCAGCCACUGCUGUUAAAUCGCUCAGAACGGAAGGUUUCAAACAGCGAAAAACCGCUCGAAAUAUCGUUGUGUUUAGUGCCAGAACUGUGCUACCUAACCGGAUUAACCGAUGAAAUGCGCAAAGAUUAUAAGGUAAUGCGUGAUAUUGCCACCUACACCCGCAUCACCCCGAACCAACGCAUGCUGGCGAUGCAAAAAUUUUGCGAGAAUGUCAACAAAAACGACGCAGCACGCAAUCUGCUGGCUUCCUGGGGAUUAGAAUUGCAGACAACCACGCGACCAAUAAUGGGACGCCAGCUGCAGGUGGAAAACAUCACGUCUGGCGGUGGAACUGUAGGUAGUGCCGGUCCCAACGUAGACUUUACUCGUCAAGUUACCAACAAUCCAAUGCUAGAGAUAGUCCACAUCCGGCAGUGGAUGCUUAUGUAUACGCAGCGUGAUGAACGGUCCGCCACGAUGUUUAUGGAUUGCGUAAAGCGUACUAGCAAAUUGCUCGGAAUGGAAAUUGUUCAACCUCAGAUCGAAGUGCUGCCGCAGGACGCAACGCAACUCUACAUUCAGGCACUGCGGACACAUAUGCGUCACGGAACGCAGAUUGUGGUAAUAAUAUGCCCAACGUCGCGCGACGAUCGAUAUGCAGCAAUCAAGCGUGUGCUCUGCACGGAGGUACCGAUUCCAUCCCAAGUCAUAAACGCACGCACACUCGCCAAUGAUAAGCGCAAUCGAUCGAUCGUGCUAAAGAUUUUGCUGCAGAUGAAUUGUAAACUUGGCGGUACGCUCUGGAGCGUCAAUAUACCUUUGAAGGAUACGAUGAUUUGUGGCAUUGACAGCUAUCACGAGGGUACGAAACGCACGAACUCAGUAUCCGCGUUUGUCGGUUCACUGGAUUCCUCCUUCACACACUGGUACUCGCGGGCCACGAUUCAAGAACGCAAAGAAGAACUGCUGAACGGGAUGUGCGUUUCGCUCGAGAAGACGCUGCAGGCCUACCGACGUCGCAAUUGUACGCUCCCGCAGAAGAUAAUAAUUUUUCGCGAUGGCGUGAGUGAUGCGAUGAUGGAUGUCUCCGAGCAGUACGAGAUUCCUCAACUGGAAGCCGCUUGUAAGAAGCUUUCGCCGGAUUACGCGCCAAAGUUCACCUUCAUUGUGGUACAGAAGCGUGUUAUAACGCGUUUGUUUAGUAUGGCUGGAGGAGGCCCCGACGGGCUCGCAAAUGCACCGCCCGGAAGUGUGCUUGACCACACAGUAACGCGGCGACACAAAUACGAUUACUAUCUUGUCGCACAAAACGUACAAAUGGGAACUGUUACUCCGACUCAUUACAUUGUGCUGCGAGACGAUUCACAGUUUUCUCCCGAUGUGCUGCAACGGCUGAGCCACAAGAUGUGCUAUAUGUACUAUAACUGGCCCGGAACCAUUCGCGUUCCCGCCUGCUGUCAGUACGCACAUAAACUGGCUUAUCUCGUUGGACAAUCGGUGAAGCGAAUGCCCGCUGAAUCAUUGAACGACAAACUGUUCUACCUUUAGAUCUUCUCCAAUGGGAUACGCUGCGGUACUUCCACGUGGGACUCAUGAACAUAACCAAAUAUGAGGUAAACAUGAGCAUAACCUUAAUCUGUUGGUUUUUUGAUACACUUAACUUUUUUUUACGUACAAAAUUAGCGAUUAUCUUUAUAUGUUUAUGAUAUUUUGAUACUCUAUAUUUUUUACUGAUUUACUUUUUUGUUCAGAAUAAUGCAAAUAGCAAAUAGAGGCUGAACUUAUUUACACUGAAGUACAAAAGAACAUUAAACAUUCAAUUAAACAAUUGCUGAAAUGUUCGAAAAAUUAUUAGAAUUCAUAACAAUGAAAGGUUGAUGAAAAUCCAUGAUUAUUGUUCUAUCAUCAAUACGUUUGAAAUAAAAGUUAUGUUCGAUUGAAUUUAUUGCUAAGGUUAAAGUAAGGAUCUUAUUUUCAGACUAAUUUAUAAGCCCUAAAUGAAUAAAUUCGAUAGGUUCCGAAGUGAUAUCAUUUGGUCCGAUGAUUAAAUGCACACAUGUGUAGUUAUAGAGUCUUAGCACUGAAUAAGAUCGCCGAAUGAGCGUUUAAAGAAUAGAAUUAUUUAAAUGACACUGCCUGUUUCUAAAACAGCAAAUCGAACAAUGAUCAGCGUAACACGAAUAUCUUUACAUAAUGCUAUUAGAGAGUUAGAACAAAUUUAAAAUUGUUGAGCAAAUUUUAUUUUUCAAAAUUAAAAUUUCUAUAUUCAAAAAUCACUCGUCUAUUAAAUUCUAUACUAAUAAUUAAGUAAAUAAUAAAGUGAACUGCAACUGGAUGAACGAUACGUUGAUAGUGUAUUCAUAGUAAGGAAAAUGAUGAAUUUUGCUAGUGAUAUCA